CUCAACCAAAACUUGAGAUUUAACUAAAUCACUCAUUUUGAGUGAUAGUUUGUGUCAAAUCAAAUAAACAAUACACUCAUUGUUUGUGCAGGAAAUUUAAAAAAACGAUGCAUGGUGGACAGUACAUCCAUUGUAACUAUCCCAUCAAACUAUCACAAAAACCAAACAACCCCAUAAUAUUAUACUAAUUUUAUGCACAAAUGAAACAAAUGAAAUAAAAUAUUAGUAGUCACCAAGUGAAACCUGCCCCCAUGCCGUGGCAGGAUGGAAUCGUAAAUGGCCUCAUCUGUGUAGCCCACCCCCACUCACGAACGUUCUGGAAUGGCUGGUCUCCUUACAAACAAGAUUCUCAGCAAACACCAUUCAGCGUGUGAUCUUCCUUAUGUGGCAGACUUGGAAGACCAGGAAUGACCGGAUCUUCUCAAGGAUUCUACCAAGGCCCCCUAUCACCACUUCCAGAGCCCAUAUUGCUCACCAUCAUUGGAACACCUGCCCUAGGAAGACAGGUGCUCUCCCCCCAUGCUCAGCACACUCCACCCCUUGAUCUCUCCUCACCACCGUCGAGUACUCAUGACUUUGAGAUACACUGUGACGGAUCCUGCUUCAGCGAUUCCCAGGAGGCGGCAUAUGGCGUCGUUGUUACGAAUAGCCAUGGACAAGUUUGUGAUGGGAGAGCUGAGUCCCUGCAUUGUUUUUCCCCACUUGAAGCAGAAGCGAAGGCCCUUUGGGAGGGAGCACGCCUGGCUGUGACGCUUUCAGCAUCAUGCCUGAUCCUCACCGACUGCCUCUCCCUCAUUAAAGCCCUUGCUAAUCCAAUGGAUUUAUGGCCAUGGCGAGCAGCAGGGUGGAUCAACCGCAUCAAGAAUCUCUCAAUCAACCACCCAACCAUCAGGUUUGACUUCAUCAACAGAAGAAGAAACUCCAAAGCGAAUUGGGUGGCUCGAUCAUGUGCGAAGAGACAACUACCUACUGAAUGGAUUCAUGUACUUGAUGUUGUUGCUCCUCUCUCGUAACCGUUGGCUUCUGCCACAAGUAAUGGAAUUUCUAUGCCUUUGUAAAAAAAAAAAGUGAAACUUUUCAGGAACCCAACCUUGCAAUUUAUUCACCCCUUUUUAUUCGUUUCUCAGUCUUCCCCUUUCCAAUCCUCUCAUACUUUCUGGAUUUAGGGUUUUCGGAGCCAUGUAGGGAUGGCAAUUUCGACCUGACCCGUUUUACCCGACCUGUUUGACCUGUUUUGGGGCGGGUCUGACCCGCCCCGUAGGCGGGGCAGGGCGGGCAUGGGUAGUCUCAUCAACCCGACCUGACCUGACCUGCCCCAUUCUCGACCCGUUCUUGUCUAAAUGACAUGUAAUCUUAGUUAAAUUACUUUGAAUUUUCCUUUUAUUGCAUCAUAUUUUAGCUAUAAUAAAGUUGUAAAUUAGUG